CGAUUUCAAAAAUGGGAUGUUUUGAAAUGCAAUCUGAUGUUUUUAUCUAAAUUAUAACAAUAUAUAAUGUUUGAUUUGCUCCUAGAAGCUAAGCUGUUGAUUAACAUUGUCUUGUAUGGUUUUCUACCAUUUUGAAUUACCUUUGCAGAAAUUAAAACUUAAUUUUUUCUGCUGAUAUUGAAUACCAUUUCAUGUUUUAUGGUUUAUUGGAGUUUAGGGAACAUGAGGGAGCAAAAAUCUCUAAUAAUGUCUACAGUAUUUGAUUAUAAAAGAGAAGCUAUUCGAGUCAAAGUAGUAAAAUAUGAUGGGGAUUCUUCUAAUCCUGAUUACCGAAAGUUCAGUGUGGAUCCACAGAUUACUACUUUUGAAGUGCUUGUUAGUUUAUUGGCCAAGGCAUUUGAGAUCAAAGGAAGUUUCUCCAUUUGCUAUAAAGUUCUUGAUGGCUAUGGGCAAGAAACCUAUAUCCCAUUGCUCUCAGAUUGGGAUAUGGAUGCUGCAUUUCUUGGAGCUUCUGACCCGUAUCUCUAUCUAAGAGUAGAAACAAAACUAUAUGAAGAAAUUGGUGAAGUGGAGGAAGAAACAAUGACGUUGGUAGAGACAAAACCUCCAGGGUUACCCGGAAUCAUGAAUAUUAUGAACCAUGUUGAAAAAACUUUCAAUUUAGUUCAGCGGGCAUUAAAUUUUGCCGAAGAAGCCCAAACUCCUGAUGUAAGUUGUUUACCUCCUAGACCACCCCUCACUGAUGCUGAAUUCAGACAGUUUCUUGAUCCCAUUGGUCAAGUAAUUAAUGUUGCUGAGCUUCGAGAUGUAAUAUAUAAAGGUGGCAUUGAACCAAGUCUAAGGAAAGUAGUCUGGAAGCAUAUUUUGAAUGUAUAUCCUGAUGGAAUGUCUGGAAAAGAAAGAAUGGAUUACAUGAAAAAGAAGUCAAAUGAGUAUUACAAUUUAAGAGAUAAAUGGAGAGAAAUGCUUAAAAAUGGCAAUAUGGUUGGUGACCUAGCAUAUGUAACUGGUAUGGUUAGAAAAGAUGUCUUGCGCACUGAUAGACAUCAUAGGUUUUAUGCUGGUAAUGAUGACAACAAAAAUAUUGCUUCCUUAUUCAACAUCCUGACGACCUAUGCCUUAAACCAUCCUGCUGUCAGCUAUUGUCAAGGAAUGAGUGAUUUAGCUUCUCCACUUCUUGUUACAAUGAACGAUGAAGCACAUGCCUAUAUCUGUUUUUGUUCUCUGAUGGAUCGUCUAGCUCCAAAUUUUCUUCUUGACGGAAUUACUAUGACAAAAAGGUUUCAACAUUUGGCAGAUGGUCUGCAACAUUAUGAUCCUGAUUUUUAUGCCUACUUAAAAUCAUAUCAAGCUGAUGAUUUACUUUUCUGCUAUCGAUGGCUAUUACUAGAAAUGAAAAGGGAAUUCGCCUUUGACGAUGCUUUAAGAAUGCUUGAAGUCAUGUGGAGCUCUUUACCACCUGAUCCUCCAAAAUCAGAAAUUACUCUUUUUGAACAAGAAUUUAUGAAAAGUCCAACAGUUGUUAGCCCUCGACCUAAAGAAAAUGCCUAUACCAAGAUAUGUGCUUUAAGAAGAGCAGUCAACCAUCCUAGUCUCGAAGAUACAAGACGAGCUUCUCUGUUAAAGUCACGACCGUAUACAAGUUUGGAUGAUGCAGCUCUAAGAAAACAUGAUAAUAAUAGUUCUCCUCCUAAAAUAAUUAAAAAUUUCAAAGAAUUCUUAACACUUGAUAAAAAUAGUAAACUGAAAGACCAGAAAAUAAGUAAUAAAAUGUCUCCAGAUGACUCCCCAGAGUAUCCUGAAUGCUCAAUGUCUACUUCUGUUUCAAGGGAAAUAAAAAUGGAUUCAGAGAAUUUGGAUAGACAAGUUUUUGGAAAUGUUUCAAAAGGUGAAGAAUUUGUUUGGGAAAAGAAUCCAUUAGAUGGUGAAGAUAGUCCUGCUGAUGAAACAUUUGAAAAGAAAGGAAAUAUUACUGUGAGUACUAUCAAAACAUUCUGCAAUGAAGCUGAGAAAAAGUUAAGGAAUGCUAGCUUAUUGGAACGAAGGAAGGUUUCGUUAAAAGAGAUUCCAACCUCUAAUGGUACUGUGUCGAAUAGAGCCGAUAUGAAACCUUCAUUUGCAGCGAAGCCUGGUGAAUUACCUUCUCCUAAAGAAUUUGGUGGAGGCAAUCCCUUUUUAAUGUUCCUUUGUAUUACUGUGUUAUGCCAGCAUAGAGAAGCAAUUAUGCGUCAAAACAUGGAUUACAAUGAAAUGGCUAUGCACUUUGAUAAAAUGGUUAGGAAACAUGAUGUGACUAAGGUUUUGAACCAGGCUCGUUCCAUGUACGAAUCUUAUGUAAAACAACAUUCCUCGUCUAGUCAGAGUCACUUAAAUGUUUGACAAUAAUCAAGAAGCAAUAUUUAAAUGAUUUGUAUUUUGAGUCGAUUUGUUAUGAUGUAAGGUAAGGUGUUCUUGCAUUCAAUAAGACUGAUAAAUGUUGUGUUUAACCUACUUGUUAGUAUCCUGUGAUUAUUCUUGAGAAAAUAAUUGAAGGCUUACAAUUCAAAAGGAUCUUAGUUGCCCCAGUUACAAAAAACAUUUUGUUGUGUUGAUGAUCUAAGGAAACAAACUCUACAGAAAAAUAGUGACUGACUACACCUGUGAUUUUUGUACCUUCUGCACUAUUUCUUGGCCUGAUUUAUGAAUCAUUUUGGUAAUAUUUUUUCUCAUUGCUCCUGAACCCUUUGAGUUUUAAGCCUUUUAUGUUAGCUUGUUUAUUUAAGAGUGUUUAAAAAGAGAAAAAUAAAUCUUUUUUAAUUAACCUUAGUCCAUGAUGAGUCAAUACUUCAUCGAAUUGUUAUUAUCAUUGAUAUUUGUCUAGUAAUCAAGGGAAUGAGUUUUCCAGUUACAUAAUCAUAUUAUAAACAAGUGAUUAUGUAUACAUUUAUGUUCAAUAAAUGCAUAUUUUAAUGUUUGUUCAUCUUAAUUGUAUAAUUCUAGUUUGGUUCAGAAGUAAUUAUUGGACACCUGUCUCAAUAUAUAACUAAUGGGCUAUUAAGGUGAUAAAUAUUAUUUUGCCAGGUUUAAACAUAACUAUGGCAUGCAACAAAAUUCCUUGAUAAACAUCCAUAAUUUCUUUUUGAAUUGAUAUAUCUAUCUUUUGGUAUUUACUGC